AUGACCGGCGCUCAUUCUCGUAUACCCACUGAUCCUUCCGAUGAAGCAUUAUCGACAUCACGUAGCAGACGUCUGAUGUCAGGUUAUAUUUUCGGUAAUCCCCCUUCACCAGAUAACACCACCCGACACGCAAUGUACAGCAAUCUGGUGAACGAGCGACAUCCAACACCCCCGUUGAGAGAUCUCCAAGGGCGUGACUCUCCUCCUUUAUCUGAAUUCACGGCUCCUUCUUCACCUACGACGGCUGGGGAAGGCAUGGACUCUGCGGCAGCAGCAGCGAGUCUGGCCAAAUUGAAAAUGUCGACUGAAGCUCCUGGUGGAGGAGAUGAUGGAUUGCCGAGGACCGAUACGUACGACCCGUUGACGGGUUUGAACGAUGGAGAGGCGGAUCUGGACGAGAGUGCACCGCAAGCGGCAUUCACCACGGCUGAAUACAUGAAAGGGGAAGAUACCGAGGCUGGGAAAUAUCGUUUUCCAAGGCACAGAUUAAGGAAGACUAUGAAGGAUGAGACAAAGAUACCACUGGUCAUCGUCGCAUGUGGCUCUUUCUCCCCUCCCACAUAUCUUCACUUGAGAAUGUUCGAAAUGGCCAAGGAUGAGAUUGUCGAAUCACAGACCUUUGAGAUUAUGGGUGGUUAUUACUCGCCAGUCUCUUCGAAGUACAAGAAAGCUGGACUGGCAGCAGCGCAGGACCGGGUUCGAAUGUGUGAAUUGGCAGUCGAACAUACGUCCACAUGGCUCAUGGUGGAUCCGUGGGAGGCCGGUCAACCAGAAUAUCAACGUACAGCUGUGGUCCUUGAGCACUUUGACGAAGAGCUCAAUGCUCGAAGUGGAGGUGUGACGAUGAGUGAUGGGAAAAAGAGACGAUACAAGGUCAUGCUGUUGGCAGGAGGCGAUUUGAUCGAGAGUUUCGGUGAACCCGGAGUCUGGAGUGAACCAGACUUACACAUCAUCUUGGGACGAUUUGGGUGCCUCAUCGUGGAGCGGGCCGGAUCAGACGUUUGGGCUUUUUUGCUUUCUCAUGAUAUACUGUAUUCUCAUCGGCGCAACGUCAUUGUCAUCAAGCAGCUGAUCUACAAUGACAUUUCGUCCACCAAAGUUCGAUUGUUCGUGCGCAGGGGCAUGAGCAUAAAGUACCUUUUGCCGAAUAGCGUUAUCCAGUAUAUAUACGAUAAUCAGCUGUAUCGGGGUUCUGAUGCGAGACUCAUCCAAUAG